AUGUGCGGCGGACGGCAACUUGCGGACGCCAAGGUUCCCGCGGUGACGCGGAAGGUGAUGGCGGCAACGCUGUGGAACGAGAAGAAGAAGCCCCGACGGAGCGACGGUGUGGGGCGGCACUUCACAGGGCUCGGUGGGCGCAGGCGACUCAGGCUAGACGACGACAAGGAGGACUUUGAUGCCGAGUUCAAGGAGUUUGAGGCCAACUCCGGGGACUCCGACUUGGAGCUGGGGCCUGGUGGGGUCGCUGAGAAGGAUGACGAGGAGGAGGUCGUCGAGAUCAAGCCCUUUGCCACCAUCAAGAGGCCCCUCUCCCAUGAUGACUCAAGCACCAUGAGUAUGACUUGUUUUGAUGGUCCUUCAGAAAGGCCAGCAAAAAGGAAGAGAAAGAACCAAUUCAAGGGUAUCCGCCAACGCCCCUUGGGUAAGUGGGCUGCUGAAAUCAGAGAUCCUAGCAAGGGUGUCCGUGUUUGGCUUGGUACUUUCAACAGUGCUGAAGAAGCCGCAAGAGCUUAUGAUGUUCAAGCACUCAGGAUCCAUGGCAAGAAGGCCAAGGUUAACUUUCCAGAGGAACCGGCAGUUCAGGAACCUAAAGCACCCAAGCCAAGCGCAACACAGGAACCUACCGUCACACCAGCAGUCAACAACCCUGCCAACACAAAUGCUUUCAUGUACCCAUCUGCUGACUUUGCAUCAAACCAACCACUUAUUCAGCUUGAUAACGUGCCAUUUGUUCCUACGAUGAACUAUGUUGCCCCUGUUGAAGCUCUUGCUAUGAACAUGUACUUUGGCGAGGGAAGCAACAGUUUUGGCUGGUCUGACUUGGGCUGGGAGUAUGACAUCAAGACUCCAUAUAUAUCAUCCAUGGCUCCCGUUUCCACUAUUGCUGAAGGAGCAGAAUGUGCGCCUGUUCACAGUAACACCUACAACUCAAUGGUGCCUCCUGUUAUGGAGAACGAUGUCGUCGACAACAUGGACCUUUGGAACUUUGAUGACAUGCCCAUCUGUGACGAAUUUUUCUGA